AUGCGCUCCGCCGCCAUGGACAUGGAUUCCACCACCACCUCCACCUGCAACCGCCGGAUCAAGCUCCAACAGGUACCCAAUUCCUCUACCGAAGAAUCGAAUUAUUUGCCUUUCGAUGUAGUGAUUGGGAUUCUGUCUCGGCUACCCGUGAAAACCCUCUUCCGGUUGAAAUCCCUCUGCAAGAUUUGGGACGCCAUGAUUCCAACCAAUCCAGACCUUGUUUCCUUGCACCUCAAAAACUACACCCACAACCCCGCCACCAAGGCCUCGCUCGUAUGCAACUACGACCAUGAAGAUGACCGCUGGUUCUCUGUAAACCCUCGAUGGGUUUCACUCUGCCCCGAUGCCCAACGACCGAUUCAAUUGGACCAAAGCUUGCUUCAGAGGGUCAUCUGCGGCACAGGCCACGGUCUGUUUCUUCUCGGCAAUCGAGGGGCGUUGCAUCCUGAUUACCGUCUAUGGAACCCAGCGACUCGCAAAACCAGGCACCUUCCCGACCCUCCUUUGGCACCUCCCUACUUGACACAUUCCUCUGAUCACUGUGGAGUUGGGAUAGAUCAGGUCGCGAAUGAUAUCAAGGUCGUUCUGAUUCGUAACUAUGUGUACACGGAUGCCGCCAGUCUCUACGCCUUUCGCUCACCGGUUUUUCUGUACACAUUGCGCAGCAACUGCUGGAGGGAGUUAGAAGAGAGCUGCCCGUAUUGGGAAGGACAGAACCUAGUCACUUGUCAUACUUACUUCAAGGGUUUCUUCUACUGGCUCGUCGAGCAGAACGAAUACGUGGUCGCAUUCGAUAUGGGGAGCGACGUUUUCCACAGAAUCGAAUGCCCUCUUCGCGGUAAUUCGAUUGGUAGCCUAAGCAUAUAUGGCGAUUCGAUUGCUCUGUUUAGGGGGCCGUUGUUCGGUUCAAGUGUCGCUGUGUGGUUGCUGAGUGAGAGUGGUGGGCAGUGGUGUUGGAUCAAGCAAUCCAACCUUGGCCCUGUAUUGGAAAGAUCGUAUGUGAAAAGAUGUUGGAAGAAUGGUCAGUUUAUUUGUCACCAGUUUCGGCCCAACAAUAAGUUGGUGUUAUUUGAGAUUGGUGCUCAAGAAUGUAAGGUUCUGAUACCUAAUUGCUGGCACCUCAACUACUGCUAUAUUUACAAAGAAAGUUUGGUCUCCAUCACAUGA